CGCUGGAGCUGUAGAGGAAGAGAUACGUUAUGGGGGGUGUUUAUAACAGAGAUGCAGUACCUUACCUUCAUCACAACUCCCCUGUCCUCAUAUCAUUGUGUAGCCUAGCAGGGACAGUGAGGCCAUCACGCUAAACCAUUAUGACGGCUACAACAGAUUUCAGCCAUGCCAUGGGCGAUAUUGAAACCAACGGCGCCGAUUACGAAUAUGAUGAGGGUUAUACAGACGAGGUCUGUAACAAGAACGGCGUUGUCAAGUUUGGCUCCAUCGCCACCCCUGCCUUCUUCUCUGUGGUGACUAUCCUGAGUCUAGCGGGCAACAUCCUGGUCCUGGCCAUCCUGGCCAAGUACGAGAACCUCAAGUCUCUCACCAACAUCUUCAUCCUCAACUUGGCCCUAUCUGACCUGGUUUUCACCUUUGGUCUGCCCUUCUGGGCAGCCUACCACAUCUGGGGCUGGACCUUUAGCCUGAUCCUCUGCAAGACCGUUACCUUUGUCUUCUACGCUGGCUUCUACAGCAGCGUUUUGUUCCUGACCAUCAUGACUAUCCACCGCUACCUGGCCGUGGUGCAUCCUCUGUCCGACCACGGUUCCCAAAGGGGCUGCUACGGGGUCACAGUCUCUCUCGUCAUCUGGGUUGUUAGUUUUGUGGCGGCCGUCCCUGCUUUGAUUUUCAGCUCUGUCCAAAAGAACCCCCAUGAAGAAGACAACCAUUUUUACUGUGAAUACUGGGAUCCGCUGUGGAAGAGAGUGGGCAGCUACCAACAGAACAUCUUCUUCUUGGCUGCUUUUGCAGUGAUCGGGUUCUGCUACGUGAGGAUAUUGAGGACAAUCUUCAAGUCAAGAUCACACAUGAGGCAUCGAACCGUGAAGCUGAUCUUCAGUAUCGUGGCAGUAUUUUUCAUUGGCUGGGCGCCUUACAACGUGGUGAUAUUUCUGAGGUUGUUGACCGACUACUCCGUAGCACCUUUCAAUACUUGUGAGGUCAGCACAUGGCUUGACUAUGGGUUCUAUGUGUGUCGACUGAUUGCUUUCUCCCACUGCUGUCUCAACCCUGUCUUCUACGCAUUUGUUGGGAUUAAGUUCAGAAAUCACUUGAAGGUGAUCUUGCUGAAGCUUUGCCAUCGCCAAAGCACCAUGGAUACACAACAGAUUAGAUUACCCAACAUUUACUCGAUGGGAUCAAUGUACUAGCACAGGGGUCUUCAAUCUUUUCUUGCCCAGGGACCCACGCCAGGCAAACCGGCGACCCAAAAUAAGUCACAUCUGGUCAAAUCAAAAUCUAAUUUAUUGGUCACAUACACGUGUUUAGAAUAUAUUAUUGCGGGUGUAGUGAAAUGCUUGUGCUUCUAGCUCUGACAGUGCAGUAAUAUUUAACAAGUAAUAUCUAACAGUUUCACAACAUAUACCCAAAAUACACGUAAAUCUACGUAAGGAAUGGAUUAAGAAUAUAAAUACAUAUGUCAGAGCGGCACUGGACUAAGAUACAGUGGUGUAGUAGAGAAUACAGCAACUAAGAUAUCGUAGAAUAGUAUAGAGGACAGUAUAUAUACAUAUGAGAUGAGUGAUGCACUAUUUACACACAAUUAAAGUGACUAAGAUAUCGUAGAAUAGUAUA